GCCAGUAACAACUUUCUAUUUAUUUCAUGGUGCUUCCACUCUGUAGUGAAUUUUAACAGGAGGAUCAUUAGGCUUCUGUUGGAGGAUGCUAUCUGGGUAUACAGGCAGUGGAUUUGUCGGUUUAGAUGUAAAGGACCCAUUAAUCACGUGGAGGGCGGCUGCGCAAUUGCUAAUCCUGCGAGACAAACAAAUGACAAAUACCCACUAAUCCCUCCCAGCCAGUUAUCUUCUAUCUCCCAGGUGGGAAUCCUGUACCCCAUCUGAUCCACGCACCACCAUCCCUUCCCCCUCCCCUUAUAUGUUAUAUAUGCCCUUUUCAUCACACUCCACUUGUAUGCUUAAUACUGCACCAACUCAAUUAAUUUGAUUAUAUGUUUCCUUCUGCUUCUUGUUAAUGAGUUGCAUAUAAUUACAAGUUUUUUUUUUCUUUUUUUUUCUUACACUGAAUAAUGGGUGAUUCUUCUGCUUCAUAUAUACGGAUGGUGCAGCACCUUAUUGAAAGAUGUCUGAUCUUUCGCAUGACUAAAGAGGAGUGCAUGGAAGCUCUCUCCAAACAUGCAAACAUCACCCCUGUCAUAACUUCUACUGUGUGGAACGAAUUAGAGAAAGAGAACAAGGAAUUCUUUGAGGUGUAUGCUCAAUCCAAAAGCAAAGAUGACAGGAUGUCCGACGAAGAAACAACUCAAAUGAUUCAGAAAAUGGUUUUGGAACCCUCUAGAGAUCCUGAUGACCAAACAUCACAAUGAUUACAAGAAACCCUCUAAAGAUCCUGAUCCAAACAUCACAAUGAUUACAAGAAAACUGAUAUGUCUGUCUCCAUCUUUUGUUAGUUUUGCAUGGCUUUCCCUGUAUAUACAUGUGGUCCUUAUAGCUACUACAUAUGCAUGCAUGAAUCUAUGAAAAUAUAAUACAUAUCAUGGUUCCCCGUUCAGAUAAAAUUCGCCUAAUCCCAGUAACUUUAAUAUUUUAACUUUUAAUAUAAUAUAAUAGAUAAUAAUAUAAAUAUUUAUUAAAUUU